GGUCGGGCCGCCGGCGCGCGCGCGGCGCGCGGUUGAAGCGGGAGUGAGUUUGUGUGUGAGGAGACCUGUCAGCGGGCGAUCGGGCGGCUUUCCUGUCAGCCAUGGCCGCUUUGCGCUACGCGGGCCUGGACGACACGGACAGUGAGGACGAGCUGCCUCCGGGCUGGGAGGAGAGAACCACGAAGGACGGCUGGGUUUACUAUGCCAAUCACACUGAGGAGAAGACUCAAUGGGAACAUCCAAAAACUGGAAAAAGAAAACGAGUAGCAGGAGAUUUGCCAUACGGAUGGGAACAAGAAACCGAUCAGAAUGGACAAGUGUUUUUUGUCGACCAUAUAAAUAAAAGAACUACCUACUUGGACCCAAGACUGGCAUUUACUGUGGACGAUAAUCCAACUAAGCCAACCACCCGACAGAGGUACGAUGGCAGUACCACCGCCAUGGAAAUUCUCCAGGGCCGGGAUUUCACAGGCAAGGUGGUCGUGGUCACCGGAGCUAAUUCAGGAAUAGGGUUUGAAACCGCCAAGUCUUUUGCCCUCCAUGGUGCACACGUGAUCCUGGCCUGUAGGAAUAUGGCAAGGGCCAAUGAAGCAGUGUCACGCAUUUUAGAAGAAUGGCAUAAAGCCAAGGUAGAAGCAAUGACCCUGGACCUCGCUCUGCUCCGUAGCGUACAGCAUUUUGCUGAAGCGUUCAAGGCCAAGAAUGUGUCUCUUCAUGUGCUUGUGUGCAAUGCAGCAGCUUUUGCUCUACCCUGGAGCCUGACAAAAGAUGGCCUGGAGACCACCUUCCAGGUGAAUCACCUGGGGCACUUCUACCUCGUCCAGCUCCUGCAGGAUGUGUUGUGCCGCUCGGCCCCUGCCCGCGUCAUUGUGGUCUCCUCAGAGUCCCAUAGAUUUACAGAUAUUAACAAUUCCUCGGGAAAAUUGGACUUCGGUCGCCUUUCUCCGUCAAAAAAUGACUAUUGGGCCAUGCUGGCUUACAACAGGUCCAAACUCUGCAACAUCCUCUUCUCCAAUGAGCUGCACCGUCGCCUCUGCCCACGUGGGGUCACGUCCAACGCAGUGCAUCCUGGAAAUAUGAUGUACUCCUCCAUUCAUCGCAGCUGGUGGGUGUACACACUGCUGUUUACCUUGGCCAGGCCUUUCACCAAGUCCAUGCAACAGGGAGCUGCCACCACCGUGUACUGCGCUGCUGCCCCAGAACUUGAGGGUCUGGGAGGGAUGUAUUUCAACAACUGCUGCCGCUGCAUGCCCUCGCCAGAGGCUCAGAGCGAGGAGACGGCCCGGGCCCUGUGGGCGCUCAGCGAGAGGCUGAUCCAAGAGCGACUUGGCAGCCAGUCCAGCUAGGGGGGCUCGCGGGGAUGGGAGCUGCCGGCACCGGACCCCUUCCAACCAGGGGGAUUCCGUGUCCCUCCAACACAGCUCCGCAAGAGUAAAGGAAACGAGAGCAGUCACAACAGAGUGAAAAACGUUAAGUACCAAAAGGAAGCAGGGAAUUCCAGGGGUAAAGGGACAGGAUCACUUUUCUGGGGCUGGGUUAACCAUAGGUCCUUUUGCUUUGUGGUGGUGGCCUGCUUGAAAGUGAAAGCUUGGUUGGUACAUGGGUCCCUUCUCUCCCUGUAGAAGCACAAGCAGUUCUCUCUCACUGUUAAGAAUAGCCCAGUGUCCCCUUGUCCUACCCAGCUACCACCACGGCCACCACUGUAGCCAGGGGCUGGCUUUCUCCUAUAUAGGGAAGAAAAAGCAAUUCUCCUCCAUCCUUGCUGCAUUGAUCCAGGAGAUAAUUGUUUCAUUCAUCCUGACCAAGCCUGAGCCGGCUCGGCAACGACCGGGGAGAGAAAUCUCAGAACCUUGUCCCAGCCGGCCGGGAUGGCGGUGACACUCAGAGGUGGAGUGGGGUAGGCAGAGCCGCUGGGUGGCAGAAGGACUGACCGUUGAAUCUCUUGCCAAAGCGGUACAAAAAAUUCUUCUGAGAUUAAAACAAAUUUUGCAAAUCAUUCCCCAGAUACCUUGGACAGGCAAGAGAGGAAGCGUUCUUCCUUAAGAACACACAGCAUGCUCCGGGGUGGGUUUCCCUUCGUUUGUCAUUUACAGUUUCAGUUCUCCUGUGUUGUCACUCUGCUCAAAUGUCCUUCUGUCCCUCCCAUCCUAUGCUUAAUAAAAGAACAUGCUUGAA